AUGCUCGACGGAGACCUCGUCUUCCAGCGCGCGACGGCGUUGCAGAUCACCAAGCACUUGGAGAACAGCAGCCAAAUGUGGGCAGCCCCUCUCCCCAAGGGCAUCUACAUAGGCCUACAGCGGCAGUUGGCGGAGGCGGAAGCCAGCAAGGCCAACGCGGCGUACUGGGUCCUGUUCCACAAGGACGAUGCCGAGACGGUCAUCGCGAGCUGCACUACAUACAUGCGUCAGGCGCUCAUCAACGAGGGGCACGGCAUGAUGGCGGUUCAAGCCGCCGUCGUGACCGACAUCGUGACGCUUCCCGAGUAUCGGAUGCUGGGCAUGGCGACGCAGCUGCUCAAGAAGGUUCAGCAGAGGCUCGACGAGUGCCCGACGCGGGUCGAAUUCAGCAUCGUCUGGAGCGACCUGCGGCCCGAGUUCUUCGACAGGCUUGGCUGGAAGCAGCAGGCGGCGACACAGCUUCGCAUCGUCCUCGGCAAGGCAGCCGUCGUCGAGGUGCCGGCGGAGACGAAGGAGUUGUCGUACUCGAACGUCGACGACUUCGCCUUGUGUUCCCGUGAGAGCCUCAACGCGGCCAAACUCCGGCUGUCGGCGAUGCGGGCGAAGGGCAAGACGUGGGCGCAGCUGCUGCCGACGCAGAAUCUCAUGCGCUGGCACGCCAUGCGCGGCCUUUUAACCCAAUCGGCGCUGUCCAAGGGGGCCGAUGAAGGGCGGAAACGUCACGGCGCUUCGUUUGCGAACGCAGAGAUCAGGGACAACGUGUGCUGGGCGUGGUGGGUGCCCGACUUUCGAGCCCGAAAGCUAUUCGUCGGCCGCAUCUUCACGACGCGCCUCCACAACAUGCAGAGGGAGAUCAAAAGCUUGCUUCACGUCGCCGCCGGUGAGGCACUCUCAAUGGCUCUUCGUGAGGUCGUUGUUUGGGAGCCGACCGAGCAGGUCAUCGGUGCUGCCAUGCAGCUUGCUGAUGAGAUCGGCAAGCACGUCCGGAGCGUCGUCGAAGAGCGCUCCGACAUGAUUCCUUGCCUUCGCUGGCACGGCGGCGAAGAAAGGCAAGGCGGCCUCGUGGACGGCCAGUUUUACGGCUGGUCGUAG